GCGGGGGCAGGUGCCGGGCGGGCCGCGGGGCGCGAUGUCUGCGGAGAAGCGAUCCGGCGCCGGGCGGGAUGUCCCGGAGCUGACGGGCCGGGCCGGGAGGAGCGGGGCUCGGCGGAGUGCGCAGGGACCUUCCUUAACAAUGUGAGAAGGGACUCACACAAGCAUACUGUGGAUUUUUUAUCUGUACAUACCACUUGAUUAUUGUCUGUCUUCUACUGAUCAACCUGAAAAGAAAGAUCAAACAAAAAUUGUUGUCAGCUUUGCCCUAAAGCUGCCUGAAAUUUAUGACUCCUUUUGGAGAAACUACCUGGGCUGUUAGAAAUGGAGCAGCUCAGGCUGUGUCUCUGAUCAGCAGAGCUCUCUGCGUGGAGUACAGAAAUCAAGCUGCCUUAAGUCAAACCAUAUGCAGGUUGCACUAAUUGUUGUAACUACUGCUGAUACCGCUCCAGACUUCACUAGGACUUUCCAAGACAGUUGUUUCUCACGUGGCUUGAAUGUUUUCAACUGAUGUUUGAGUAUUUCUAUUCAAUCUGGUGUGGCUGUGCAAAGUCAAAGGGGUUUAUUUUUGCCUGCUAAAUUAAUGGUGAAUUUUGAAGCCUCACUUCCAAGCGGGAUCUGUGCUAUGGCAGCAACCUACAGGCUUAUGGUCACAACUGUGAACUGCUACAGCAGCGUGGUGAUAGAACAGCACUUUCAGCACACAGUGCAUUACUGCACGGGGACCUGCCAGGUGUUUAAGCAAGGAGUUGCAUGUAUAGUUGCCCACCACAGUGUGUGUGCAGAACUCGGUGUCCAAGAUGCCAACCUAGACCACAAAAUUCCAGUUUCUGAAAAUGGCCUUGCCUUACCUGGGAAUGAGGACUAUCAGCAAAUACUCCUGAAUAAUCCCAGAAUCAAAAAGGGCUCUUUGGUGCAAGCUUCUGGCAGUUUAAAAGACAUUACUGGUGAGGCAAUCAAUCUCGCCAGUGGUAAAAUAAAGGAAUUCUCAUUUGAGAAGCUCAAAAACUCUUCCAAUCAUGUGGCCUACAGAAAGGGGAGGAAAGUUCGUUCAGAAUCAUUCAGCAGACGAUCAUUUGAUUUUGACAUGAUUUAUGGGCACUUCAGCAACGAUGAGAACUCUCCUCCGUGUGGCUUUUUGCAGAGUCCCUCGCCUGUGGAGAAAUGGCAGGAGAGCAAUGAUGCUCCAGAAGUCAGUAUGAAUCCCAUGGUUCCCUUCUCACCUCAUUCCUUCUCUGACGAAAACUUCAUUACCCAGAUUUUGGAGAAGCACAAGCUGGAUGGUUCUUCUGGUGGAGAUAUUAAAGUGUGCUUAGACAUCUUGCUCAAGUGCUCAGAGGAUCUGAAGAAGUGCACUGACAUAAUAAAGCACUGCAUCAAAAAGAAAUCCGCAGACAGUGUUAGUGGAGGGAAUAGCAGCGAUCCUCUGGCUAGUUCAGAAAUGAUAUACGUGAAUCUGAUGAGAAGAUUUUCUUCAUACCUGAAAAAGCUACCCUUUGAGUUCAAGCCACCUGGGCACAAGGAGGCAGGUGAUCUUGGAGAAUUAGUGAACUGUUUUCAUGGCUUGCAGCAAACUCCCUUUUCGCCAAUAUUUGGAGAUGAGCAGCCACCUAGGUAUGAAGAUAUUAUUCAGCUUCCAUCCUCAAAUGCAGUUCCUGUCAGACCACCAGGCGACCAGUGUGAGGUGACAAGCGCCUCUCAGUCCAUCCAAACAAGCACUGUGAGCUUUACCUCAAACUCCCUUUGCAGCACCUCACAGGAGAACACUGUGAGAGCUGUGAAAGAUGCUUGUGUUCUACCUCAGUUAUCAGCCACAAGCCCUCCUGACUGCACACCUUCCACUGAGGUUUUGUACAUCGAGGAGGAGUCAGAUGGGGAAAGAGUGCUGGAGAAAACAACGAGGGCAAAGGAGAAGGAGGACUGGGAGAGUUUAAAGCAUAGCUACCAGCUAUCUGGUUCUUCAGAUGCGAUUGCUGAUGGUAAAGCAGAACCUACCAGGGUAGGAGGUGAACUUUCUCACGCUUCUGAGAAAAGUAAUCUUUUAAAACCAGUUUCAGAUUCUGUAUUGCGUGGUUCUCAAGCUGGCAUCUCCAAAGGAGAACAGACGUGCAAGAUAGACAAGGAUGAAAUAGAUAAACUGCUGCUGGACUUGGAGCACUUCUCACAGAAAAUGGAGAGUACUUUUAGGGAGCCCCCUCCAAAGGAGAGCGAACCUGCCUGUCUGCAGGUGCUUGGCUGGCAGGGUAGGCCGGUACUACCUGCGGCUCUUGAACCCAAAAGUAAACCCAGUGACCCCACUUCCCCUUUGUCAAAAAUCAUGGAAACCAAUGGUCAUAAAAUGGAAGAAGAUGACAGAGCCCUUUUACUGCGUAUCUUAGAAAGCAUCGAGGACUUUGCCCAGGAACUAGUGGAAUUCCAGACAGGCAAAGGAAGCUUGUCCAAGGAGAAGGAAGUGAUGCAAAUUCUUCAGGAAACAUUAUCAACUCCUUCACAGUCCCUCCUUGCAGGGCAAAAAAGCCAUGCUGGGGCUGCCUCCAGAGACUCUGUUCCAGCUUUGAUUCAGCAGGCACCAGAAGUAAUUAAGGUUCAAAGUAAGCAAGAGAAGAAACCUGGAACGUCGUCCCCAGUCCCUUUGAACUCAGUGGUUAGCCCUUGUGCUCUGCCUGUGAAUAAAGCCACCAGCAGUACCCCUUUGUCCGUAAACAUUCCACGUUUCUACUUCCCUAAAGGACUUCCCAAUGUCUGCACUAAUCAUGAAGAGAUCAUUGCCAGGAUUGAAGAAGCCUUCACAGAGUUUGAAGAUGAGAAAGCCAACAUCUGUGAAAUGGGAAAAAUUGCAAAGAUAUGUGGCUGCCCACUCUACUGGAAAGCACCUAUGUUCAGUGCAUCAGGAGGACAAAGGACAGGAUGUGUAUCUGUGCACUCCUUUGUGUCUUUGUGGAGAAAAAUCUUACGUAACUGCCAUGAUGACGCAUCCAGAUUUGCUUACCUUGUAGCAAAGCCCAGCUGUGGUUACCUUGAGCAGGAGGACUUCAUCCCGCUGCUUCAGGACGUGGUAGAAACGCACCCUGGUCUGACGUUCCUAAAGGAUGCUCCAGAGUUCCAUUCCCGGUACAUCACCACGGUUAUACAAAGAAUAUUCUACACAGUCAAUCGAUCCUGGUCUGGGAAGAUCACCCUAACAGAGCUGAGGAAAAGCAACUUCUUGCAAACUCUUGCUCUCUUGGAAGAAGAGGAUGACAUAAAUCAAAUCACAGAUUAUUUCUCCUACGAGCACUUCUAUGUUAUAUACUGUAAAUUCUGGGAGCUGGACACUGACCAUGACCUUUAUAUCAGCCAGAAGGACCUGGCUAGGUACAGUGAUCAAGCUCUAUCAAGCAGGAUUAUUGAGCGAAUAUUCAGCGGUGCUGUGGUGAGGGGGAAUGAAGUUCAGAAGGAAGGCCGCAUGAGUUAUGCUGAUUUUGUGUGGCUGCUGAUUUCAGAGGAAGACAAAAGAAAUGCUACAAGCAUUGAAUACUGGUUUCGCUGCAUGGACCUGGAUGGGGAUGGGGUGCUCUCCAUGUAUGAACUGGAAUACUUCUAUGAGGAGCAGUGUGAACGGAUGGAAGUGAUGGGCAUAGAACCACUGCCAUUUCAGGACUUGCUGUGUCAGAUGCUCGAUCUUGUUAAGCCAGAGAGAGAAGGACGAGUAACCCUGCGAGACUUGAAGAGAUGCAGAAUGGCUCAUGUGUUCUAUAACACGUUCUUCAAUUUAGAGAAAUACCUGGACAAUGAACAGAGAGAUCCCUUUGCAGUGCAAAAGGAUUUUGAAAACGAUGGCCCUGAACCUUCUGACUGGGACAGGUAUGCUGCUGAAGAGUACGAGAUCCUUGUGGCUGAGGAGUCUGGGAACGAGCAGCUCCAAGAAGGCAUUUACAGAGCCAUGAAAUAAGAGUCCUGAGAUGAUUGCCUAAUUUUCCCACAAUGGAAACUGCUUGGAUAACAGUAGCAUCCACUAAUUGGCCACUGGGAUUUACAAAGCCAUGGAGAGCUGCGUUUGCCUUUCUCCCUGUGAUGUGCAUCCAAACAGCAGUAAGCUGUUUAUUCAUCUCCUUUGAGCUGCCUUGUCUUUUUGUGGCUUCCAUAAUGAAAGAUGAUGUAACAGAGGAUGGAAGAUAAAAUUGUUGUAUUUCCUGCAUCUGCACUGCAACACCUGUGUGCUCAGUACAGAAGAGAAAUAGGAAUCUACCAUAGAAGCUUUGCAGGACCACGACUCACCAAAUUCACCAAAAACGGAAUUGGCAGGUGAUGUCAGGUUUUUGAAGUCUGUCUGAAACAGCUCUGUGUCUUCCUCUAAAGAGCAUGUCAGCAACCUUGCUGCUUGCUUUUAAGAGCCCCUGAAAAGCUCUGUAGUCAUGGCAGCGGCAUUAGAUCUCAUUUGUGGAGCAUAGCAACAGACCACAAAGGAAAAAAAGGAAGGGAAAAAGAAAAACAAAGAGCUGGAUGCCCAGACAAAUUUGCUAGAAAGAGGCAUUGAGUUUUUGCAUAUUCAUCAUUUCUGCUGUCCUUUGAGGGUGACAGAAACAGAGUGGGAUGAAACGAAGAUGAUUUAUGAGCUCUAUGAAGAAGCAGAUGAUUUUUUAGCAAAGGUAGCUGGCAGAAUGUGAAAUUCAGUGUUUGUCUGAAUAGAUUUGAGAAUAACCAUCGUUCAGCAAUUGCAGAUGAAUUAGUUGGCAUUCUGCACUACAUUUAUGACUUAAUCCUGCCUGUAGCUUUUCUGACUGGAGGGUUUCUGACACCAGUUGGUGUCUGGCUACCUGGAUGUAGCCAGAUCUACCUUAUCUGUGACAGAGCACUGCCUGUGGAAGAGGAAUCUCACCAAGACAUAGUGGAUGCUCACACAGACUUCAAGGAUGCUGUGCCUGUUCAGAGGUGGUCAGGCACUGUCUGCGUAAUGUCAGGGAGAUCUUAAGUGUUUACUUCUGAUCCUGAGUGGCAGCUUCAGAGAUUUGCAAGUACUAGUGUGGUAAAUUAAAUACCUAUGUUGGAAAACACAAGGACAACACACUCACCAAAAAGAAGAGAAAAGAAAGGUGUUCUUCUACUUAAAACAACAAUUUGGAGCGUGGUGUUUCACUGAACGCUUAAGCUGAUCCGAACACUUCUCAGCCAUGUUUUCUGGUUUAUACAUCUGUGUAUGAGUUUUCGAGAAGAGAGCCUGUUCCCUGGUGAAUGCAUGCACAUGUUUUUGUGUAAAGGCAGAAGGAGAAGUUGAAUCUGACCACGAAGGCUCUGAAAGCAAAAUUGCUAUCUCACAGACUUUGCAGGUGAUGGCACAGAAGCCUCUCUGCAGCAGGACGUAAGGAUUGGCAGGCAGAAAUUGCUCCCAGGGCUUUGUUGUAUCUGCACAUGACUUAGAAGAGGGAAAAGCAACACGAGAAAUGGCAGAUGGCUCUUUUUUUGGCACUGUCCACACAGGGUAUCAAAGGAGUUAACCUUUUUCUAGGGCAGUUUAUCAGUGAACAAACUGGAGCUAUUCCUGUGCUUGCCACUGGAAGACCUGCUGCAACAUUGCCUUCAUAACAAGUGUUGCUUUCAGAACUAAACAAUUUGAAUUUCUUGGGAGUCCUGAGAAAAUACCUUGUGAUGGGCUGAGGAUGGGGAAAAAAUAUCAUUUCUGAGCAAUAUACUGCAGCUGGCUGGAGAGGAGAAUUUGCAGACAAACCUCCCUAAGUCAUAAGCACAGAGACUGGAGCUUGAAACCAAGAGGGAGAGGAACGUGACAGUGUGGCCACAACUGAUUUUCUGUGAAAACAAAAGCGUAUCGUAAGCUCAAAAAUACUUUGGAAACCAAGUGUUAGUGAGCAGGUCUGAGCAAGCCAAGUUUCCUCUAGGAGCUGAAUCUGUGCCUGAACAACUUUAUUUCUACACUAAGGCUACUGCAAGAUACUGACUAAAGCUGUAUUCAGAUUUCUAAAUGCUGAACACCAAUGAAAAGCUGCUUCAGAACUUACGAAUGAGAAUGGAUAGAGGACAGUCAGCUGUCAGAAUGCUGCCUACUGAGGCACUAUUCAGUGCUUUACAAAUAUGCUCCUUGAGGUUAACAUCCUGCAUGUUAUCGUAUUUUAGUCACAUGGUUUAGUGGCUGCUGAAAUAACUUAGCUGAAAAGUGCUCUCACCAAAAAAUAGCUUUUAAAGACACACCUUUUAUCUUUACAGAUCAUUUGAAGAAGACUAUGAGACAGAUGAAGUCUUAUCUCCCUCUGAAACUGGAGACAAGUCAAACUAGUUAUCUCAGAUCUCUUAGCAUAGAGAAUGGAAGAUGUGUAAUCAGUGUCUGUCGAACUGGAUAGCAGUCAGUCCCAAGAUGCUUAGGGACAGUUAGGGAUUUUUCUUAAGUCUGUCAUUGGAGCAAUGUGUUUUAUUUUGUACACUGUAACUUGAAACCCCCUUUUUUUUUCUUCUUGUGUAACUGCAAUAAGAGAAUUUCUUUAAAAUAGCUUUCUGCAAUGUGUUACUGUGCACACAUUAAAAAUGGUGAUUGCA